UAAUUGGCUGGUUACAUAGUUACAUACCAGGUGAUGAUCUGGUGAUAAAAUUGUCUCUUCCUCCUUGUUUUCUCCUAAAACUUCAGCAUAAUAUACCCCAUCUCCAUAUCCAAGGCCAAAGAACGGAAGUACCAAGAUCCAUACAUGCAUGGUCGAAAACUCUCAAAGACGCAUGAAAGCGUAUACUAGCUCGCACGAGCUGCUAUGCUAGCGCCUCUAUUGUGACUUCAGUAGUCACCCGCAACUAGCUAGGAUGGUCCCUGCUUCUACUGCGCUCUCCGUCGCCGCCCUGGUGGCCGGCGUGACGCUGAUGCUGAUCGUCCACGUUCUCGUAAUCUUCUGGGCUCUGCGGCGGGGCGCCGCCCAGGCCUCCGGCGCCGACCUGGAGCGUGCCGAGGACGCCUGCGGAGGCAGAGGCAAGGGCCUGUCGGCCGAGGAGCUCGAAACGCUGCCGUGCCAUGACUUCAAAGCCAGCGUCGGACGCGGCGGGGACUGCGCCGUGUGCCUGGAAGCGUUCGAGUCCGGCGACCGGUGCAGGCGGCUCCCGAGGUGCGAGCACAGCUUCCAUGCCCCGUGCGUGGACUCGUGGCUGAAGAAGAGCCACUGCUGCCCCGUGUGCCGCGCCGACGUGGUUGACCGGCCCAAGGCCGAGGAGAAGGUGGCUGGAGAGGGAGAGGCGCCGGCUCUGACGGUGGAGACGGCGGGGAGGACAAACCCCGUCGCGCCGGAGGUCGUUGCCGAAAGGCUGCAACGGUAUAACUGGGGUCCUCAUGCCGUGACCGUGUUACAUUAAGAUUAAUUCGUGUUGUUUGUGCGAGGACUAGUUAACUAGUUAAGCUCUCUCGCAUUUUGCAUGUGUAUAGUCAACAAUCCUUAGAUGAAACAUUUAUGUUUGAUCCAUGAUGCAUGAUUUUGUAAACAUAUCUUGCUUCCACAUCCUUAAAAUUGUUGUACUCGUUA